AUGAAGGAGUUGCCCUGCCCAUGCCCUACCCUGCCCCACUUCUGGCAGCUGGGGUCUCCCUUCAUGGCCGACGGCUCUGGGACUCAGGCCCCAGGGAAAGGGCCCCUGCUCAGCAUGCAGCUCCUGCGAGCGCAGUAUGCAGGCCUGAGACGGCAACAGAAGGCCCAGGCCCACGUGGUGGUGCUCCCGAAAGGAGGGAACAUGCCUGCUCCUGCUGAGGCCGUGGUCAGUGCUGUUUGGAUUAACAAGGAGAGAAGGCAUUCACUGUCCCUAGAAGAGGCGGAUCCUGAGGCAGAGGAGAUGCUGGAGGAGGCUGACAGAGGCUGUUUCCAGGCCCCCGAGUCCCCAUGGCACACGCACCUAGAGAUGCACCGCUCGGUCCAAACCUUCCACCAGGAAACCAGUCAUCAAGUAAAGCACAAGGACAAGUUCAUGGGGGCUGAGCAAAGGCUCCCAGGCUUGUUGGAAGACACUCAGAUGACUCAGCAAGGAAGCACGAUCCCAGAGGCAGCCCAGCAUGAGUGUCAAGUGGGCGAUACCCAAACAAAGGCAGUGGGAUCUGGCUUAAACAUUGGCGCUCAGGGCCCUCCUCCCAUAAAGAAGCCACACAGGUCUGGAAGACCAGCUCACUAUCCAUUUCCCCAGAGGAAAACUCCCAGGAUCUCCCAGGCGGCCCGGAACCUGGGCUUGUAUGGCCCAGCCUGAAGGUUUCCACCCAAAGGUCUCAACCUUGAGGCCACCUAUGGCCUCACCUAAGAACUUAGGAGGCAGAGGCACAGCUAGGGCCUCUAGCUGGGAGCAGAACUGGACUACAUCAAUCGUCGGGAUGGUGGGACGUGAACUUUGCAGUGGGCACAUAGACUUGUCCUUCAAAAAAAAAAAAGAGAGAGGUUGCCCAGACCAGACUGCUCACAGCUCAGGAUGAAAGAGUGCUGUCUGAUCAGUGCAGCCCCAUUCUGCUUAUAUAAGAAGACAUUGCUAUGGACAUCGACUCAGUCCUUAGAACUAGAGAAUUUUGAAACGUAAGACAGAGACCCUAGCCAGGGGAUGCCUUUGCAGUGCCCUAGAGUCGACAGGCGUGGGCCAUCUUGUUUUCAGUAACUUCUGAGGAUUUCUCACAUGUUCUGGAGAAGAGAGGGGCUCUGAGAAUUUCCUUUUUCUGGUCGCUAUGCCUGGAGACCAGCUCACAAGUCUCUACAUUCUUUGGUAGUGACCACACCAUUUUAGCUUGAGCCUCCCAAAGUAUGGUCACCCUGGGUAAAAAGGGUCAAAACAAUGACACCUACUGUUCUGUGUAAGUGUCUUUAGGAAGGGUUGGUCAUCUCUCCCCUCUCAUUGAGACUGCACAUUCCAGUCUCAUUAUAGGUUUAUCUCCUUUCAUCCUUCUCUCUCCGUCCUUUCCUUCCUUCCUUCCUCCCUCCCUCCCUCCCUCUUUUCCUAUUUGCUCUCUUCUUCCCUUCUUCAAUCUCUCUCUCCAAAUUAAACACUGCCCAUCAUUGAAGAUAUAUAGUAAUGAAGCCUGAAAGAAGAAGAUAAAGAAAUGUUCCUGCUUGGAAUGUAUGUGUUCCUCAAAAGUUGCUCCGUUUUCAGCCAAAUUUGAAUCAUUCAGAUCCUUCCUGGUAUAUUUUAAACCAAAGACAAAGUGAAGCAGGUAUUACUUGGGUGGUGGGGAAGAAAUUAUCUUACCUGGUUAAUGUUUAACUUUAAUAAACACACCUAAAGUGACUUUUCCUCAUGCCAGAUUCUCUCUCUCUAAAGUUUUACCCACAUCGUCCUUUUGUUCCCAUGGUGAUCCAGUCUUGCCCACCCACAUCGAGAGAUGUUACGUAGGAGUGUCAUUUCCUGUCAAAAUAUGUAUGUGCCUUCUCCUUGGGCCAUCCCCGAAAUUCCCUCCAAUUUGGGGAUUCAUUGUGAUUCCUUUUGUGAAUAAUU